CUGAAUUGCACUGCUUUGCCUUGGAUGAAUUUAGAACCAGGCUGCGGAAGUCAUUCAAAGCAUAUAUAGAGAAGUCAUCUGAGCUGCAUCUUUUGUCUACUAUACAGGUCAUUGAGAGAUCUCUAGUAGGUAUUCUAGAAGGAUGUACUGUGAUUUAUGAUGUAAAAACAAGUAAAGAUGGGGAGGAAAUUUUGUAAGUUGUGGCAGGUGGCAUUGAUUGCUUCAGAAUGAUUCUUGAAUUUGUUUCAGGUCGGAAAGGCUUGAAGAUGAUUAAAAGACACAGUCAGAAUUUAGUAUCUGCUGUUUUCAACAUUAUUGUGCAUUUACAGACCCUCCUUAUUUUUUAUGAUAACUUGGCAUCUGGAACAGAUGUCAGUACUCCUGAUCCUGGGUCAGCCAUUCUCAUGGGUGUUGAAGUACUGGUUACAGUUUCUAGAAAACAGGCUCAAUUCCCAAUGGAUGUGGGUCAAAUAUUACAUAUCCCUGCCGUACUCUUUCAGAAUGUUUGUCAGUUUAGAGUUACUAAAGCGCCUGGUCCAUCAGAACCAUUGAUGAUUUCAGAAAAGCAUAUUUGUGAUCCAGUAAAGAGAGUGGGCCACGUUGAUCACCAGUUCUUAGUUAGCCUCUUCAUUGUGUCUUGUCAACUAUUGUGUACCAUUAUUAUGCAUCGUCCAAGUGAGUGCAUACAGUGUGUUGCCCAUCUUGAAGCUUCUGUUGCUGUUCUUCUUAAUUGCUUGGAGACAGUUUCUGAUGAUGAAUCAAAAAUGAAUAAGGGUUGCUUUUCUUCAGAUGAGGAAUUAAAAUGUGCCUGUUUUAUGAGAAGAAUUUAUGAAGAGAUAGAACAGAAAAAAGAUAUCUUUAGUCGUCAAUGUUCUCUGUUUUUAUCCAAUUACAUACGGGUUUGUUCAGGAUAUGGUCCCAAGAGAAGUGGCAUCAGAAGAGAAGUAGAUGAAGCUCUACGACCGGGUGUCUAUGCUUUAAUAGAUGCUUGCUCAGUUGAUGAUCUUCAAUAUCUUCAUACUGUUUUUGGAGAGGGACCUUGCAGAAACACCCUGGCCAGUAUUUUGCAUGAUCGCAAACUCAACAAAUACGAAGGAAAAGUUUGAUCUUGAAAUUUUAUUUGCUGAUAGUUUUUUUGUGUACUCCUCUUUUGGCUGAGAGCAAGCUAUUCUUACAACUGGAAAUUAUGUGAUUAUUUUCCCGAGGCGGAGACGUUACCAGAUUCUACGCACGCACGGUGAGAAGAUACAUCUGCCAACAUGCUUAAGAAAUUGGCUAUGUAUCAACUGGGUCGAUGUGCAACACUAUUCUGGUCUAGGGACGAUAAUCUUUCCAUGUUCAAUAUUUACACCUGUGCAUGAAAGAUCAAUGUAUUCUAAUUACUUUAUAAUGAACCCACUGUUGGAUAAAUUGAAUUUUAGUCAAUAAAGUAAUACUUGAA